AACCUAUGUAUGCCAGAAAACGUUGGGAUACUCUUUCUCUACAUUGCUACCCCAUGAAUCCGGCUACCGUGGCGCUUGACGGAAUAAUCUACCUUUUUAAUCAAAACCUUUUCUCGACACGCCAUAAGCUUCUGCCCAGGACUGUGAUCAGCCUCAAACAUCAAAGGCCAUACUCUUCAGACACUACAUGCAAUUUGAGAGCGCACUCGAAUACCGUACACCCUAAGUGCUGGAAUCAUUGAUCAUUUCCCGCACAAAGCCAUUGCAGGCGCCCUCAUAAUGGCUGACAGUUCCUGUAGCGGCUCUACGCCGUUCAAAGGCCUCGUUGACCAUGGCGCCCAAGAUCGAAGCCUGCACCGAGAUCGGUUUUCCAGUACUCCUAGUCUUCAGCAAGGCUUUCGAUCUACAACCCAAACCGUCUCGACGCCGGCUCAAGCAGGCUUUGGCGAAUUCCUCGAUUCCAACCGGACUGGGCAAGUCAGCCUAGACACUCCCCAAACUCUCAACUCGCCCGCAUCAGACUUCUCUCGAGGGUUGCAAUCAUUCCACUCAUCAGCGCCUCCUGCUGGCCGAAUUCUCCCAGCCAAUCUCUACCAAUCUACGUCACAAAUCCCGACAGUUUCUCGGCAAAAUGUGUCCAUGGCGUCGCCACCGAGGACAUCGAGUUGGGCGCAAGAUUUCGCAUCAUUCUCUAGGGCACCGCCAGGUGCUGGAAGCUACACAACAGGGGUUUCUUCUUCGAAUUAUCCAGCGCCUGUAACCGGAUUUACGCAUAGUGUGAUGGGAUCGCAAUUUAGACCUUGGUUGUUCGGGCCUCAAGGCGGCUCUGUAACCGCCACAAGUCACGGAGUUACAAACACCGAAGCCGACUUUGAUGUUGAGAUGAAUCGGUGGAUGGCAGCCAAUGGAGAUGGACAGAUGGAGGACCUCGACACUGUCAUGGAACAACUCGCGCGAGAACUGGAACAAGAGCACCAGCCAGAUGCCGCUAUACAAGCAUCCAGAGAUACCAUCGGCAGCUCUGUGGAUACUUUCACGACCUCUCUAGAUGUUUCUGUCCAAGAUGAAGCACAAGGAAUACAAACACUCAAUGCUACGGCUUCAACAAACCAACAGAUAUCCGGCGCAUCCUCGGUCCUUGGGACUGGUGCCAUCGAAGUAUCAACGAGAGCAAGUUUUCCGGACCACAUGCCUGACUUGGAACGUCUAGGCCUCGACGAAGCGGAUCAGGCAUCUGCAGAACAUGCCCAGUCAACAUCUGACAUUUCGGAGGCAGCGAGACAGAUACUUGACUCGGUUCAACAUGAACAAGGAGACAAAUGGAAGAAUUCUCGGUUCUUGUCACUGAUGAAAGACUUUCGGGAUGGAAAUAAAGACAUCGUCAACAACGAAAUCCUCGAAACCAAAGUUGGCGGCGAGAGAAUCGGUCGGAAUUGACCUUGAGGUCUACAAUGCUCCUAAGCACCACCCAAUCACAUUGAUAGCAUGGCUAAUGUCAACGGCCGAUACAAGAGCCGUUAUAUAAGGGGCUCAUCGCGCAAAGACGGUAUUUGGCGUUUUUGUAUGUAACAUAAGUAUUACCGAAUGCUUUAGCAAACAUCGUUGACACAGCUACGGAC